AUGACGUACGUAACUAGAUGGAGUUAUUUGAUGGCGCUCCUGCUGCUGGGAGCCGUGGUCGCUGAAGAAGAUGAUGACAUCCCCGACGCUGGUGUUGAAGAAGAAGACGAUCAGGUGGCCUUGAAACAAGAGGAAUCUCGUAACUUGCGGCCGCGAGCCUACAACACACCAGCCGCGUACCCCAACGCUCUACCGACUGGGUUCAGACCGACACCUUCACUGGCCGAGCUGGCUGGGUACCAGAGACAGCAGUCCGAGGAGUACAUAGUACCGACGAGACCACAACAAUACGUGGAGGAACAACGGCCGCAGAGACCUCUACAACGGAAGCAACAGGAACAGCGGCCUAUCAAGUACCAGCAGGAAGAGUCAGAGGAAGAACUCGAAGAAAAAGAGGAGCCGGACCGACUGUCUCAACUGCUGCAGCAGUCCAAGUUCAACUGUGUGAGCAAGAACACGGGAUACUACGCUGACGAGGACCUCAACUGUGAGGUGUUCCACUACUGCCAGGAUAAUGUUAAGCAUUCCUGGAUCUGCCCAGACGGAUUCACCUUCCACCAAGUCCACUUGAUCUGCAUGCCGCCGACUCACGACAACAUCUGCCAGAAGUCGUCCAGCUACCACUUCGUCAACGACUACCUGUACCGACCCAUCAACGAGGAGGAGGUGCAGCGGAAACCCAACGUGUCGCUCAAGUACUCCGACAGAUACUACCCGCAGGAGGUGUACAGGGACGACCGCUACGACAGGGACGAGGACGAAGAGGAGGAACAAGUCCGUCGCCCCGCUCCCCCCGCCCCCCGGCCAGCCGCUCGUCCCCCGGCCCAAGUGUUCCGUUCAGCUGAGGAGGUCAACAUCCCGCUGGUGCAGCGACGCCCACAACGGCCGUCAGCAUACGACUUCGAAAACUAA